GUAGUAGUAGAGAAUCGCAAUUUAAGAACUUUGUUUAUACAUUUUUUUAUUUGGUCGCAGUCAGAAGUAAAUAAAUAGUUUAAAUUACAAAACAUGUGUUGGACUGAGUGUACGUUUUGUGGUGUUGGUCAGUGUUAAAUAUUUUUAGGUGUGAUGCACAAUGUGAUCUGAAGAACAUAAAUGACAAUAAUAGUCCUUGCAUCACAACGUUGAGUUAUCCUUGUAAUUGCAAGUGCAUUUAAAAAUAUAAUUUGUUUGGCAUAGAAUUUGUGAAAAAACAGGAGCAUAAAUAUGCUUUCAAACAUUCGGAUUCAAUUAAAAAUUGCCCGUGUACGAGAAUUAAAAGAUCUGCGUUAUUUUUCUUCUUCUACAACAAAUUUCGCUGAACACAAAUGUCGGGUGUUGGUGGUCGGAGGCGGCUCUGGAGGAUGCACCAUGGCAUCAAAACUUUGUUCGCAUUUGCGACAAGAUGAUGUCAUUGUAUUAGAGCCUAGUGAUGUCCAUUAUUAUCAGCCUAUGUUCACAAUGAUUGGAGGUGGCAUGAAAACUUUGGAACAAUCUCGAAGGCCAAUGUCUUCAGUUUUACCCAAGAAGGCUCGUUGGCUAAAAGAUUCGGCGAAAAUAUUCAAACCGAACGAAAAUUCAGUUUUAACAUCAUCUGGUGACAAGAUAACAUACGACUAUCUCGUCGUUGCUGUUGGUUUGAAACUUGAUUACGACAAGAUACCUGGUUUGUUAAAAGCUUUGUCUACACCAAAUGGCAAUGUAUGCUCCAACUAUUCUCCUAUGUACGUUGAGCGUACUUACGAGGCUUUAAAAAGAUUUCAAGAAGGCGUCGCCCUUUUUACUUUUCCGGAAAGCCCAAUUAAAUGUCCUGGAGCCCCACAAAAAAUUCUGUACAUUGCUGAACAUUACUUACGAAAAUCAGGUAAACGAUCCAAGGCACAGUUAAAAUAUCAUUCCACAUUAGGCGUAUUAUUUGGCGUCAAACAUUACGCUGAUGCACUUUGGGAAGUCGUACGAAAACGCGGAAUUGAUGUCACGUUGCGAUCAAAUUUGGUUGAGGUCCGCCCUGAAAAAAAUGAAGCCGUUUUUCGCAAUCUAGAUACUGGAGAAGAGACAAUUGUUAAGGUUUAUUCUAUGCUACAUGCAACUCCACCAAUGUCUCCACCAGAAGCCUUAAGUUCCUGUAAAGAAUUAGUUAAUUCUGCAGGAUAUUUAGAUGUCGACAAAGAUACUUUACGCCAUACAAAAUUUAAUAAUGUAUUUGGUAUUGGUGAUUGUUUGAGCUCGCCAAAUUCAAAAACAGCUGCAUCAGUCGCCGGUCAAAGCGGAAUAGUCCACUCGAAUCUGAAAUUGGUUAUGAAUGGUAAAGACGAAAAAUCUAGUAUGAAAACCUACGACGGGUAUGCAUCUUGUCCAUUGGUGACAGGUUACAAUAAAUGCAUAUUGGCAGAAUUUGAUUAUACAAUGCAACCUUUGGAAACUUUUCCAUUUCCACAAAAUAAAGAACGGAGAUCAAUGUUUCAUAUGAAACGAGAUGUGAUGCCGAUGUUGUACUGGGGGUUCUUGCGCGGAUACUGGAAUGGACCAAAGGUGAUGCGCAAGAUGAUGAGUUUGGUAAAGUUUAGCUAAGAUGAAAUUAGAAUAUCAAAAGUAUUUAUGCAAGUUAUUUUCAUAUAAAUUAUCUCAUUCUUAUCAUUUUCUCUCAGUAUUAAAUUAUGAGCUUAGUAAAUUUUAGCUAAGCAUAAGACCAAGCUGAGUUCAACUAAUUCCUAUGUUUAGUCUAUAUUAUUUACCUUAUUGUAAUAAUUACA